AAUCUUUUACAAUUAUGAUGAAAAUAAUCAACUUUGAUUUGUUCAGAUCUGAGUUCUGUUCAUUUACAUACAUUCAGCAGAAGACUGUACAUGACAAUUUACUAUGUCAGAAUGUUUGAAAUAAUAAUAUUAUAUAGUGCUAUGAAGUACUAAAGUACUAUUCUAAGGACUGCCUUUAAAUGUGCACCGGAUAAUGUCUAUUCCAAUAAGUUAAGAAUAAUGGUGAAUGUUUCUGUUCACAAUAUUUCAUUCACCCAGUUUAAACUGAAUGGCUUUUAUGCUUUGGGAGAAUGGAGGCCUUUUCUGUUCAUUCCCUUUUUUCUGAUGUUUGUAAUGUCCAUCAUAGGAAAUUCUGUGCUGUUGUAUGUAAUAAUAGCGAACAGGGCUCUGCAUUCUCCCAUGUUUGUACUGAUUGGACUUAUGGCAGUUGUGGAUUUGGGAGGGCCCAUGUUUUUUGUGCCUCAUUUGCUGCUUAGUUUUUUAUUUGACUGGAAUGGAAUUUCUCUUACAGGUUGUUUGAUACAGAUGUUUUGCAUUCAUUAUUCUGGAUCAUGUCAGUCUACACUGUUGUUAUGUAUGGCACUGGAUCGUUACUUUGCUAUAUGCAGACCACUGCUUUAUCAUAAAGACAUGGAACUCUCCAACAUUUUAAAAUACAUGAUAGUGCCAUUAAUGAGAAAUGCCGUCUUAGUGAUCACUAUGAUUGUUCUGGUUGGAAGGCGGUUUUACUGUUCAACAAAUGUGAUAGAUCACUGUUUUUGUGAGCAUAUGGCAGUGGUUAACUUGGCAUGUGAUGAUAUUUCUAUUAACAACUUGGUAGGACUUUUAGUUGCUUAUGUUGUAGUAAGUUUAGAUUUUCUUUUGAUCAUUGUGUCUUACGUAAUGAUAUUCACCUCUGUAUCAAAAUCUGGCACAGGCCAUUAUAAGGCUUUGCAUACUUGUAUUACUCAUAUAAUGGUCAUCACAUCUACUUUGACUUUUACCUUAAUAGCUUCUAUGUCCCAUAGAGUUAAAAAUGAUUUCUCUCCAAGCAGCCGUACAUUUUUUAGCACAAUGUACUUACUGUUCCCCAGCUGCUGCAAUCCAGUAAUUUAUGGACUGAGAACAAAAGAAAUUCGACUCCAACUUUUAAAAUUAAUAAAACAACAAAAAACUGUACCCUUGUAACAUGAAUCCAUAGUCUGUAGCACAGUGGUUGGGAGUGCUAUUCUAACCAGAACGUUUGAACUGAUAGUGUUUAUAUUUUGUUCUGCAUUAAAAAAAUAUGUACUAGUUGAGCUAGCUGUGUUAUGUCUAUGUGAAUGCAAUGUAUAGUGGUAUGCAAAAGUUAAGUGCAACUGAUUUACAACAGGCAUGCAAUUAAAGACAAUUAAAAACAUUUUUUCAACAUUUUUUGUAUUUUACAAUUUUAGGGGGAAAAAAGGAGCAUCAUGCAAAUCUCUUGAUACUUUGAGUUGGACAAGUCUGGAUACCUUUAUAUGAGUUCUCAUAACUUUUACCACAAUGCCAGACCUAAACACUAAACAAAUCUGGUAAAGUUAUGUAUUUUUCACAGUUAUUUUUAGGACAGGCCAGUUGAUGCAAAAU